AUGGAGGGGCAGAGUGAGGAGGUCUGCAGCCGCAUCAGGCAGCUGCAGGCCGCCGACGUGCCUUCGGCGCUGCACGGCCUCCUCAGGCAGGCCCAAACCCUGCUGAAGCCGCCCAGCCGCAGGGACGCGCUCGCCCAGCUGCUGUCCGCCUUCCAGCAGCACAGCUGGCUGUGGGAGCUGCUGCUGCGCAGGCACCUGCCCGACCUGCUGCAGCACGCGGCGGCGGCGCGGGUGUUUGUGGAGGCGGUGGCCCAGCUGCCGGGCGGUACACAGGCGCGGGUGUACCGCCUGUGGGCCCAGCAGCUGCUGCAGCCUGCGCAGCAGCCCCUGCAGGUGCCGUUGGUGCUGCAGCAGGUGCUGCUGGAGCAGCUGAGGGUAUGCUUCCAUGCUGGCGGCGGCAUUGAUCUGCCACCGCUGGCAGGGGAGCCGCAGCGGGAGGAGCUGGAGGGUGCCAUCGGCAGUGCAGCAGCAGGAGCCCCGGCAGCAGAGGCGGGGCUGGCCGACCCGUUGAGGCAAGAGGCGCGAGUGGCGCUGCGGGAGCAGCUGCCACACCUGCUGCACCUCCUGCUGACCGUAUGUUGCAGCGGCGAUGCCGCUGGCGAGCAGCUGUCCGCAGCAUCGAGCAGCCAGCGGCAGGAGGGCGGCAGCAGCGGCCGCGCCUCGGGCAACGCGCCCCACGCCCCCGACAUUGCCAGCAUGCAGUCAGCUGCGGAGGAUGCACGGCCGCCCAGGCGACAGCAGCCAGCCGGCGGCGGCAGCAGGCUGCGCGAGCAGCAUGCCGUGUCGGUAGCAGCUUCCAGCCCGGCUGGGUCGCAGAGCCAGGGCGUCGGGGGUGGCAAUGGCGGCAGCGGCAGCGGGCCCAGCCCUUGCCCCAUUCGUGACAGCGUGCUGCGCCAUGCUGUGGUGCUGGUCAGCAGGCUGAGCGACCCUGAGGCUCUGCAUGACAUGCUCGCCAUCCGCAUGCAGCGCCAGGCAGCAGGCGCUGCCUCCGGCAGCGACAGCGAAGAGGGAGACGAGGAGGGGAGGCCGCAGGCCCCCCCAGCUGCGUCAGGGGCCCGCCAUGCGCAGCAGGAGCAGCAGCAGGCUGUCCUGAGUCGGCGGGACCUGAGCAAGGUGUGCGCCUCGCUGGCGCUCAUAGAGGUGUGCCUGGAUGGCAUGCUGACCCUGCAGCCCCUGGCCGCCGCCGUGCACAGCCAGCUGCACAGCAAAGGCAGCAGCAACGGCGGCGGUGAUGGCAAGCAGGCGCGGCAGCCGGCAGGCUUGGGUAAUGGGGGUGGACCAGAGGUGGGGACGGGAGCUGAGGCUGAGGCGGCGGGCGUCGGCGAAGAGGCGGCCGCAGCGGCGUUUGAGGCGGAGGAAGAGCUGAGGCACACGGCUGGGCUGAUGCUGGGGAUGCACCGCGAGCUCUGCCGCCUCCGCUUUGAGCAGCAGCAGCAGCAAGCCUGCCAGCGGCUGGUACGCAUGCUGGCUGCCGUGCAGCAGGCAGAGGCAGGCCCAGCUGCCGCCGCCGCCACCCCAAGCCCCUCUGCCAAAGAGCAGCACCAGCAGGGCGGCGGUGGGGCUGGCGGCAGCACCUGCGCCGUUGCGGGCAUGCGGCGGCUGGCGGCGCAGCUGCAGCGGUCAGCGCUGACGCCGGGCGCGCCCCAGGGGCCGCCUGCGCUGCUGCUGGUGCCGCCGCAGCUGGCGACGCAGGGCAUGGUGCUGGUGCGAGAGGUGUUGGAGGCCGGCGGCGGCAGCCCGGCAGCAGGCAGCGCCAGCUGGCAUGCUGACAUGGCGCAGCGGGUGGCCGCCAUCUACCUGGCAUGCUACCAGGCCAUGUGGGGUGCCCGCGUGCUCCAGUCGGCGGAAGCGUACCAGCUGCUGCUGUCUGCUGCGCGCCUGCGCAUGCUGCUGCGCUCAGGCGGCGGCCUGGCACCAGGUGCCGGCGCUGUGGACGACGAGGCGGCAGCGGAGGCGGCCCUGGUGGCGCACCACGCUGUGGGCAGCCGGCGGCGGCGGCCACGCAGCGCGGCUCACGAGCUGGCUGGCGCUGGAGGGGCGGGGGUGGCUGCUGGGAGCGGCCCUGCUGGCCCAGUUGCCAAGCGGCUGAAGGCAGACCCAGGCAGCGGGGAUGCGGUGAAGGAGCUGCUGCAGCUGUUCCAGGCGCCGCCGCCGGGGCAGCAGCAGGUGGCAGCGCCGGCGGCAGGCGCCAGCAGCCAGCAGGGCCAGCAGCCGCAGCGGCAGGGCCGCAAGCGGGUUGUAGUGGUGCCCGUGAAGCAGGAGCCGCAGCAGGCAGAGCAGCUGGCGGCAGCGCCUGCACGCAAGCGGAUCGCCCCGCAGCAGAUUGCGCCCGCACCUGCGGCAGCGGCAGCUGGUGCAGCCGGCACGCUGCAGCUGAGCGGCUCCGCCGCUCCCGAGGAGCAGCCGCAGGAGCUGCUGCCAGGACUUGGCGACAAUGCGCAAGGAGGGCAGCAGGCCGGGGAUGUGGCGGCAGGGGAGGAGCGCAGCCAGCAGCGCGUCAUCAUCAGCAAAGCCGGCAACCUGACAGAGGAGCAGCAGGAGGAGAUGUGGGCGGCGUACAUCGCAGACAAGGAGUUUCUGGCUGAGAUGCUGGGGGAUGCCGACUACCAGCAGUGGUACGACGAGGAGGCGCACCCCUUGCGCAGGCAGCAGCGGCGGGCGGGCGGCCUGGAGGCAGCCUGGGCCGCGGUGCUGGGGGGUCCCGCCGCCGGCAGCUUGGUGCAGCGCGACCUGCCGCGCUCGCUGCUGGAGGCGAGCGGCAAGAUGCCGUGGGACGCGGCGGCGGCUGCCAGCCUGAGGCUGCUGAGGCUGCUGCUGCGCGGGGCCGGGCAGGGUAGCGGCGGCGUGGGCACAGCUGCCUCGGCGCCGACACCUGGCAGCAGCGCAGGAGCAGGCAUGCAGCAGCAGCAGCAGCAGCAGCAGCAGCAGCAGCAGGCGGCUACCCUGCUGCGCGCCUUCAGCCAGCGGCUUCGGAAGGAGGGCGCCAUGGCUGGCGCCAAUGCGCUGCUGGGCAUCACGGGCCCCACGCAGCUGGCCUGUGCCAUCAAGUCAGCGCAGGACGCGCCAGCGGGCGGCGCACUGCUGCUGCUGUCGGCGCAGCUGCUGGGCCUGGUGCGCGGCGACCGCACGCUGGGCGAGUCGCCGCUGUUUGGCGCAGCGCAGUGCGACGCCCGGCAGGAGCGGCAGCUGAUCGGGCGCCAGUGGCUGCCCGGCAGCAGCCGGCUGACCGCGCCGCCGCUGCUGGAGGCGUUCGCCCUGCUGCUGGCAGACCUGCUGGAUCAGGCGCGGCUGGAGGCUGCGGCCGACCCAGCCAGCAGCUCAGGCAAGGCCACCCAGCGACGCGUGCUGCCCAUCAACCUCAGCGCCGCCCUGGCCACCCGCCUCAUGCUGCUGCCGCCGCCCGCGCAGCACAUGCUGGCGCCCGCCUGCGCCCGCCUGCUGCGCCUGGCGGUCGCGGACAGCAGCCCGCAGCAGGCGGUGGCGCAGCUGGCGGCGCUGCUGUGGAUGCUGGUGCAGCGGCAGCACGCCGGCAGCAGCGGUGGUGGUACGGAUGCGGUACGGCUGCCGCCCGACUGCCCGGCCUGGCUGGAGGAUGAGGGUCUUAUGAUUGAGGGGCCUCGGGACGACUCCAGCCACGGCCAUACGCUGCUGCUGAGCCCGCUGCGGGAAGUGCAGGCGGCGGCGGCGGCAGAGCUGCUGGGACGCCUGCGGCAGCAGCUGCAGGAGCUGCUGGCCCAGGCGGAGCCCCAGCAGCAGGGCGACAGCGGCGACAGCAGCUCUGGGGCAGCCCCGGCGGCGGCAGCAGGCGCGGCGGCAGAUGAGGUGGUGCCCGCGGCGGAUGCCUGCCACGCCGCCAUCCAGCUACUGGUGCUGGAGCAGCAGCGGCAGCGGCUGCGGCAGCAGGCCAAGGGCGGCGGCUCUGAUGCGGACAGCGAGGAGGAGGAGGUGGUGGUGGAGGAGGAGGAGGGGGAGCAACAGCCGCUGCUGCUUGGGAAUGGUGCGGCGGUGGCGGAGAUGGCCGGCCUGGCGGCAGCGCUGUGCCAGGCGGGAGCUGCUGCAGGCAGCGCCGUUGCGGCCGCGGUCGACGCAGCGGCGGAUGCGGGCGCAGGCAGCCGACCCCGCAAGCAGCAGAAGCAGCAGCAGCAGGUGGAGGAGGGCAGCAAGGCAUAUGGUGGGGCCAGUGCGGCUGCCGCCGUUCUGGCCGUCUGCAACCAGUUUCUGGAGCCCGCAGAUCGGCUGCUGCAGUCUGGGUGCCUGGCUGGGGCCCCGGCGCAGCGGCUGGAGGCGGCCUGCGAGCAGCUGGCGGGGCAGCUGCAGGCGGUGGAGCAGCUGUGCCUGCGGCUGGCCGCCGACCAUCCACUGCUGCGUGCCGUGGAGGCAGCGAUGGAAGCAGCGCCCACGCUGUGGCAGCCGGCCGGUGAAGAGGAGGAGGAGGAGGCAGCAGAUGGCGACGCCGGGCGCCCCAGCAGCAGCGGCGAGGAAGGCGAGGAGGCCGCGGCGCAGCCGCGCCCCGGCGGCAAGCAGCAGCGGCAGAAGCCUGGCGGCGGCGGCGGCGGCGGCGGCGCGGCCCCCGCGGCCGCCGCGGGGCAGCCGGCGCGGCGGCGGCGGCGGCGCCUGCGGGAUGUGCGCAACCCUGCUGUGCGUGCUAUGCUGGCGGAGGAUGGGUGGGGCGGGGAGCUGGAUGCCGAGGACCUGUCGGAUCUGGAGGACUUCAUUGUGUGCAACCCAGGUGGGGGCUGA